GAAGAUACACGACAGGUAAAGAGGAUACCUAGUGUAGCCAAUAUUUAUCUAGUUGUCUGUCAUAAAUGAGGUCAGCCUAGUUCGUAUCAUACUUCGAUGGUAUACUUCUUUUUGAUUUCAUCCAUUCGAAUCGUUUCCAGGAAUACUCUGCUUUACUAUCUAGCUCUUGGGUAUUUCACUACAUCAACUCGAACAUAGCGAUACCUCGAACGCACUUUCAAAUCCGAUACCCGGCCCGUUUAUUUUACUAAAAUGGCGACAAAUUCCCUCAGUCGGCGUGAUAUCAACGUCCUGGAGAAGAUCAAGGACCCGGAAUCAAAUCCUCUCACAGCCGUCAUCGUAGACGCAUCAUUGCCCAAGGACCCGAACAUAACGAACAUAAAAAUCUACGAUGAUAUCUCUCAGAAAGAGCGGGAUGUUAUCUCAGCCAUGCAGAAAUUUGAGACCCAACUUGCAAAUUUUCAAAGGCAUGAUUCCACAGCAGAAUCGGUGAACGAGACACAAGACGCCGACCUUGAGCGACAUUACUCCGUGGCUGGGCUGGUAAAGGAGUAUCGUCAAUGCGUAUCAAGAAUUGGCGAUAUCAUCUCGGAGUACCCCGAUUAUGCGAGUGCUCGAAAUAACAGGGCACAAGCCCUGAGGAGACUGCACGGAGAUACGAUGCUGUUCCCCGGCGGACACGGUCCGGGAGGGUUACAACAUGAUGCAGAUGCAGCCGAGCGACGCCAAGCCGCAGUCCUCGCCCUCUCAGACCUCGACAAAGCUAUCGCGCUUCUGACACCGAAAAGCCUCUUCGCCUCCAUCUCACCGCAAGCUGGGAAAACCUUGGCACUUGCGCAUACUCAACGAGCAGCCAUUUAUUACACGACAUCCAAAUUUUUCCAGACCAGUAAAGUGGCUGACAUAAGGGAGAGGAAGGAAGCGACCUGGACCAAGAUUGAUUUUGAGGAGGCUGCUUCGAGGGACUUCGCUUUGGGGGGGCGGUACGGGAACGAAAUUGCCAAGGGGUUGGCUGUGAGUACUAACCCGACCGCCAAGUUAUGCGGCCAGAUGGUGAGGGAAGCGAUGAAGAAAGAGUAUGGUCCUGCAUACGCCACAUAGUUAUUCAUGUAAAUGCCAACGAUGCGAUGGUGUAACGAUAUAAUGACGAGGGGGCUAAUGGGAAAUUGCGAUGAUUAAUCAGGAUUGGUUCUUCGGAGUUUGAAUACUAGGGUCCAGCGGCAGCAUUUAAUAUAUUGUAAUAGACCUUGGUCAUGUCCAUAUAGCGGUCCCUUAUCUCUUCUUUGCGUCGCCUUGUUUUCUAUCGGACGUCAAGAUCCGCGGGGCUUUUCGA